UUUCCUGAUUCAUACGCGAUGCACAGCUCUACUUCAGUGUUAACUACAGAUUGUAUGAAUCAGAAGGUCAGAGGUGUGCCAUGCAACUAAAGUUCCACUUGUGAGCAAUGUGCAGCCCAUCACCCAUUUGGAUCCCGCCCUUCCAUUCAGCCAGCAGGAUGUGAGGCAGCAUUUUUCGAUUGGCUGAUGGGCUUUAUGCGGGUGGAACGCUCAGGCCCCAUUGUUGCUGAAGCUAAAGGAGGGAAAAGGAGGGAAAAGGGGAAAAGGAAGGGAAAGGAAGGGAAAGGAAGGGUCAAGCCUCGUCUCCUCCCAGCCAUACUUCGUUGCUUACCCUCAUCGCACUUUCAUUCUCAUCAUUAUGGACCACCACCACGACAGGUAUCACGAAAACAACCAUGACUACGGCGACGACGAUGUCAUAGCGUAUCUCUACCCGGCCGUGGGUACCCAGGGCUAUCUCGAGGCGGCGCGUAGCAUCGACGAGAGUGCAGCGAGCCCGCUGUACCUGGGUCCAAGACGCCGUCGUCCCCGGGUUGUCGAGACGUCGCAAUCGGGACCUCCGGACAUCUUCGCCAGGCAUGAACGAGAGCGGACGGUGGAAGAGGAAGAGGAUGAGGACGAGGGGCAAUUGUACGGCGAUCUAGAUUACGAGGUCUGUAUACGAGUGACCUUCGACAGCAUCCCCAAGACCCGCUAUGGCCUGAGGGUUGGUCGGGACAGCGACGCCGAGUUCCGUGUUCUCGAUCUCCCAGGCGUCAGCGCCUACCACUUCGCCCUCACCUUCGACGCCAACUAUCGUCUUAUCAUCCGAGACCUGGGUUCCACGUAUGGCACCAGCGUCAUAUACGACGACAUGGAACGGGGCCGGUGGCGUAGCUUUGACUGGAUCGUGGGCGGGAGCGACUUUCUACAGAAAGUAAACGCCAUCGUCGUCAAGGUGACUAAUUCCUGCAGUCCCGGCUCGUCAUACCUCGACACGACGUCGACUCCAAGUUCUACCGGGACAGAGUGGACAGAUUCCGCGCGGGUGCGACGGAUACCGAGCAAGUCCUCGAUCUUGGCCGUCUCGGUCCCUUGAGCCGGGUCAACACCGCAGCCCCGUCGGGCGCGCGAACACCGACCUCGGGCCCCAGCAGGCAUGUGACGGUACACAAGGAACUCGGCUCGGGCAGCUUUGGGGUAGUCUACCACGUCUGGAACGUCAGCACCGGCGAGGAGUAUGCGCUCAAGGAGCCGAAGAAAGACUCAGGCCAUGUGUCUCAGUGGAAGAGGGAGAUUGACAUCAUGAAAAGAAUCAGCCACGU